CGGCAUUGAGAAUCCAGAUCACGGAAAUAAAAACGUGGGCAGAGGAGCUCUCAGUGCCGUUUGUAACCAUCAGAGCCGCCGGGGCCCACGGCAGCUCUAAAUCAUGAAGUCGGAAUGCUUCUCGUUCCGCUUCUUUCACCCUUAUCGCAUGGCUACAUAAAGCUCGCCAUCAUCCACGCGGAGCACUGUUCUCCAGCCGUUUCCGUCCUCAAGAUACCCCAAAUUUACUGGCACGUCGAAGGUGUUGCCAUUUAGCGAUCACAAGCAUUUUGGCUGCCAGGAGACACGACUUUGGCCGAGCACGCAAUUUCCCUUCUCAUCUCGUCUCCAGGACUCGUUGCUACUCGCAAUGGAUACGUACGAUAUUGUGAUCGUGGGCGCGGGCCCGGUUGGGCUGAUGAUGUCCACCUGUCUCGCGCGAUGGGGGUACAAGAUCAAGCACAUUGAUAACAGGCCAGAGCCCACCAAGACAGGUCGUGCGGACGGCAUUCAGCCUCGUUCGAUGGAUCUGCUCAGGAACAUGGGUCUCAAGUCUGCGAUAAUGGCACACAAGCCUGCGCGCGUGUACGAGGUCGCCUUCUGGGACCCCACCCGAAACGGCAUCGAAAGAACAGGAAGCUGGCCUAGCUGCCCCAAGUUCAUCGAUGCCCGCUAUCCCUUCACCACCCUCUUGCACCAGGGGCACAUCGAAAAUGUUUUUCUGAACGACAUGAAGAAGUACGGCGUAGAGGUGCAGCGGCCGUGGACCAUCACGGGAUUCAAGAACGACGGCGCAGACGAAACGUAUCCAGUGGAGGUCCAGCUUAAGCACGUAGACAGCGACCAGACCGAGACCGUGCGGGCAAAGUACUUGUUUGGCGGUGAGGGUGCGAGGAGUUUCAUUCGAGAACAGCUUCAUAUCCAAGUCCGUCACAGAGAUCCGAUCGCAUAUGUGUGGGGUGUCAUGGAUGGCGUUGUGCGGACGGACUUUCCCGACAUCAAGAUGAAGUGUACCAUUCACUCCGACGCCGGCUCAAUCAUGGUCAUUCCGCGGGAGGACAACAUGGUUCGGCUGUACAUCCAAAUUGCGUCUUCUACUGACCCGGAUUUCAACCCUCGAAAAACGGCCACUGAACAAGAAGUGAUAGAUAAGGCCAAGGCCAUCUUGAAACCGUACUGGAUCGAAUGGGACCGUGUUGAAUGGUACUCGGUCUAUCCAAUUGGCCAGGGUCUUGCGGAUCGAUACACGAUUGAUGAGCGCGUUUUUAUCGGCGGUGACGCCUGCCACACCCACAGCCCCAAGGCUGGCCAGGGUAUGAACACUGCUUUCCUCGACGCCGCCAACCUUGCUUGGAAGAUACACCAUGUCGAAUCUGGCUGGGCCGACCGCAGCGUGUUGAGCACAUACGAGACGGAAAGGAGAAGAACAGCCGACCAGUUGUUGACCUUCGAUGCCAAGUACGCGAAGCUGUUCUCCAUGAGACUGCCUUCUGCAGGCGAGGUUGGCGCUGCGGCAUCGACGGAUGCAGACAAGAAGCCGGUGGAAGAGAAUGAGUUUGUCAAGACGUUCAAGGCCAGCUGCGAGUUCACGAGCGGUUAUGGCGUUGCGUAUCUCGAGAACGUCUUCAACUGGGGUCCCUCGCACCAAGCGCAAAGCAGCCUCUUCCUCGAGACCGGCAAAGGGACCAAGUUGCGGACAGGCCGGACGCUAGUGCCGGCGACCGUCACUCGUGUGGUCGACGCAAACGUGGUCCAUUUGGAGCAGGAAAUUCCCCUCAACGGCAGCUACAGGAUCUUCCUCUUUUCUGGUCAGCCCAAGCGCAUGGGACAAGCGAUCAAGGACUUCGCUCAGAACUUGCGGAAGAAGUCGUCAUUCUUCUCUGCGAAUCUGCGUCCGGACAUCGACCAGGUCUCGUUCCAUGAGAAACACAACCCGCACUCGUACCUGUACACAUUUGCGACCAUCUUCAAUGCCAAACGGCCGGACAUAGACAUUGGCGCCCUGCUGCCAGCUGAACUGGCACGAUACAAGGAUCACGUCUACGCGGACGAUAUCUGGGACCAUCGGGUUCCAGAAGCCACAGCUGCUGCGCAUGCGAAAAUGGGCCUGGAGGAGGAGCGUGGCGGCGUGGUGGUAGUGAGACCGGACGGGUAUGUUGGAUGUGUCAUUCGCCUCGUGGAAGGCAGCGGCACUGUCGAUGCGCUGAACCAAUACUUCAACGCCUUCUUGCCGACCAAGGUUGGUCAAGAAAGCGCUCAGCUAUAAACUCUUUUCUCACUUGCAUUCUCUGUACGUAACUAGUUGUCUUGCAUAGCAUGGAUCCAGGUGCCCACUUUCGGCGACUUCGAAAAGCGUCGAGCUUGCUUGAACAUCAACUUGCUUCGUUUUAC